GUAGGAGACGCCAAAAUGGCUUCAUUCUUUGUCUUCUCCCAAAUCAGGAAAGAGAAAUACUGAAAAGAAAGGAGGGCGGAGAACCCUAGCUAGCAAGAUGGUGGCUGUAGUCGAAGGAAGCGAGGCGGCGCCGGAGGAGAGGGACUGGUCGGAUCUGACGACGGUGUGCCUGGUGGAGGCGUUCUCCCGGCUGGACCAGGAGGACCUGUGGCGCGGCGCCAUGUCGUGCUGCCGCUCGUGGCGGGACGCCGCGCGCUCCCGGCCGGCGCUCUUCGCGGCGCUCGACCUCGACCCGGCCUUCGAGUCCAUCGGCGCCGACGCUGCCGAGUGGUGGACGCCUGCCUUCCAGCGACGUGUCGACGCUAUGCUCCGCUCCACCGCCACGCUUGCCGCGGGGGAGCUCCGCGAGGUCCGGAUCCGGCACUGUUCCGAUGACGCACUCGCAUUCGCCGCCAACAGAUCUCCACAGCUCAGUAUCCUUUCCAUCAGAAGCAGCCGGAGUGUAACUGACCGAUCGAUGCUUACGAUUGCAUCAUGCUGUCCUGUUCUUACUGAAUUGGACAUCAGCUACUGCUACGAGGUUUCAUACAAGUCACUCGAGGCGAUUGGUCAGAAUUGCCCUAACCUCAUAGUGCUCAAAAGGAGCAUAUUCAACUGGCUUGAUUCAUCAGAGCAUACUGGAAUAGUUCCUGCUGACUAUCUAAGAGAAUGCCCCCAAGACAGCGAUAGGGAAGCCAUCACAAUUUCAAAAUAUAUGCAGAAGCUGAAGCAUCUGGUGCUUAGGUUCGCGAAGCUAUCUGCUGUUGGCCUUAAUUCUAUUGCUGAAGGAUGCAAGGAGUUGGAGAUUCUGGACCUGUUUGGCUGCGCGAAUUUGACAUCCAGGGGAAUAGAGCAGGCUGCUGGAAAUUUGAAGAAUCUGGAGACUCUUGUUAAACCUAACUUGUACAUACCGAGGUCCUCCUUCCACAUGGAGAGGUACGGACAUUGGCAGUUAUAUGAUGAGAGGUUCCAGACAAAUGUCUUUCAGAUAUAAAAUGAAGCAUCAAGCUUGCCAGGGUCGCGUUGAGUCCCCCCCUUGACCUUGUUAGUAUGUAUGCAUGGGAGGUUUGUUUGAUGUAGAAUAAUAGCAUCCUGUUUGACCCAUCUUUCGAAAAUAUACACAUGAAAGACUGUUGUGCUUCUGUUAUUUGUAAUGUUAUUAUGUGCUGUAAUAAACUGUAGUUUUAUAUGUCUGACCUCUUACUGUCAA